AGGGCGCCCGCGAGAGAGGCGCUUUCCCCGCAGCCUGGAAACCCGCCUCGGAUCCCGCAGGGGUUUCCAGCAGGCGCUGCCUGGCUGUGCACUGGCCGUUCCUCAGGGGCUCCCCGCUGCUCUCCAUGGACUGAGGCUGCUCGGGCAUCAGGCUUUGCAUCAGCAGCACAGAGGGAUCCUCGCCGUGGGGGACUGGACGUGAGCUCCCGGUGACACUGACAAGGAUUUGUGUGUAAUCUGCAUUACGUUCUAACACACUGUCCACCCCAAAAGGCUUCAUAAUCAAGGAUCAUGGUAGACCGUUUAAUAGUAUCUUUGAGACUUUUCAGUUUCAUAGCGGUAUUAGGAUUUCAGCUGGUCAUCCCACAAACGUCAGUUGAACACAGAAAGGUUCCCCAGAGGAUAGAAGAACAAAGUUCUGAAGACAGCAGCGCAGGAAUCCCAGGCAUAUGGGGCAGUUGGGGCCCCUGGUCUGCUUGCUCUCGAAGUUGCAGUGGUGGGGUGAUGGAGCAAACCCGGCCCUGCCUCCCAAGCUAUUACCACGACAGGGCUUAUUCUAGACCAGGGCAACAGUACCCAGCCUUGGAAAGAACUCUUGCACCCCAGCAUUCCCACCGUCGUGAAGAUCCAUUGACCCCUUAUUCCGGCCAUGUCAUCUCUGCCAUCCGUACAUCCGUGCCACUUCACAGAAACGAGGAGCAGCUUCAGAGAGGUCUUUGGGCUUCAGUUUCCUCCACGGGCCGCAAUGACAGCCAUCUGAACAGAGGAACGUUGAGAGGCAGCCGGCAUUCUCAAAGGCACAGAACCAAGCCAGAGAGGAGAAACAGAAACCAAAGUCUCAUAGGCCCAGGGAAAUAUGGAUAUGGAAAAGUGCCAUAUAUAUUACCACUGCAAACUGACACUGGGCAACUGCCUCAAAAAACACGGAGGCAGCGACAGUCAACAAGGAACCAAGCGUAUGAGCAGAAUCAGGGUCUUGGGAACACACACAAUCAUCCAUCUAACCCUUCAGUUCAACAUGGGAAUCUUUACCAAGAAGAACGUGGACCUCAGGUGUUGGGGCCCUCAAUUUAUCAGCAGGCUUCAACCCAUUCACAGGCCUUUCCUGCAUCUCAAAGUUUGUUUCAUGGGACUGACUCAACCCACCAUGGCUCUGCAUCCCGCCAGCCCUUCCAAGGUCAACCUCACUCUCCAAGGGCUGGAGCUAUUGUGUGCAUUGGAGCCUACAAGCAGUACAAACUCUGCAACACAAAUAUGUGUCCUGAAAGCAGCAGAAAUAUCAGAGAGGUACAGUGUGCAUCAUACAACAACAAACCAUUUAUGGGUCGAUUUUAUGAGUGGGAACCUUUUGCAGAAGUGAAGGGAAGUCAGAAGUGUGAACUGAAUUGCCGAGCAAUAGGCUACCGGUUCUAUGUGAGACAAGCUGAAAAAGUAAUAGACGGCACGCCAUGUGAUCAAAAUGGAACUUCAGUCUGUGUGUCUGGGCAAUGCAAGAACCUCCCUCUGAAGCAUCUAGUACUAACCACUACUAGAACUAGGAGGAUACCGGACAUGGUGAACCAGCUCUCCGGAUAACAGAUGUCUGCUGUGCUGAUUAAGCAAAAAGAGGCAGAGAACAAAGCCUGCUAA